AUGUCUCACGACUUCCAGCUCCAGCUCAUCCGCAAGACCUUGGAAGACUUGGGUCAUGCGCCUGUGGCGGACAUGCUAGCCAAGCGCUUGGCUGCAAAUAACGAUUCCUCGUCCACGUCCGACCUGUGGGGCAAGUCUGUUGCUGGCGACUACUCACACCCCCAAUCCCAGGCCAUUCUGUCUUCGCUUACCGAAUUGGUCAGCGAUGGUGACUACGAAGGCGCAAUUCGUGCUUUUGACAGCUGCCACGAUGAGUUUGAUUUUGCCAACUCCCGUAUUCAGUUGUCUGCUUCCCAAAAGGCCUUGUGCGUCUACUUGGUACACCGCUUUGCAUUCUUGGAAAAAAUUGUCCUCAAGUCGUUUGGCCAAUUGCAAGAAACCCCAGAAGCUCUAAUAAAUCUUUUGCAGAACGAAGUGACAAACGCCUACAAUGCUGUGGAUUUGACCGCCGCAAGUGCCGAGGCACCCAACAUCGCCUCGUUCUUGUCUCGUGAGAAGGAGGCGUCACUCCUUCUUGCUUUGGUUUUACAGACUCCUUCUCCAGAAAAUCUAGAAGCUCAUCUUUUCGAUCCCAAGGUCGCCUUGACGGAAUCUCAUGCCUCGCAAGCUCGCCUUGCUCUCGAGCCCUCGGCGUUCCUCAAUCGCUUGAGAAACGUACUUUCCCACUUCCUUCAUACCAUAUUGUCGGCUGGAUCCAACGAUAAGUCCCACUCCUCUGCCCAAUGGAGCUAUCAUGACAUUCCCCCAAUUGCCUUGACAGCUUGA